CCAGCCAAAUACCCUCGAAGCCCAGCGCCAUGUAUUCAAAGCGAAAAAGGUUAAAAAAUCCCGGCCCUGCCAUGUCUGCCACCAGCCGAUUGUCAAGCUCGGCUCCUGUUGCAGAGUUUGCAAAUACCUGGUGCACAAGGCCUGCGAACCUAAGCUUUACCGACCCCGCCCGCCAGAUCUUUUACGAGCUCCGCGCAACAGCCGCAAGACCCGGACCCAGGGGUCCCUCUUCUCUCCAGGGCUCUCCUCUCUCUCCCCGACGUCGCUCUCCCGGGGGCACCGCCCCUCCUUCCCUCCAGCCCAGUCCUACCCUCACCCGCCACGCCGGAGGGUCACCUCUUCGGCAAGACCCCGGGGAGGCAACUGGAGCGGCAAGUCCCGCAAGGACGAGCAGCCCCGGCCAGCUGAGGCGCGGAGGGGGUGCUGGCCCCACACCUUCGCAGGGGGGAUCCCCGCGGGUCUCCCAGAGGGAGUCAUCGCCGGCCCCCGGGGCAGCCUCCCUAGGCACAGGCGAGGGGAGCAGAGCAAGUGCCCCUCGGGAGAGCGAAGGGGUUGGCCUCACACGGAUACAUCAUGCCCCGAAUAACAAUGACGCCACAGCCACCCAGAAGCACCCUACGAUAAGCAGCAGAAACACCCAGUCCGCCGCCCGCCUGAACCGCGUGAUGGCCGGGGCGGGCGGAGCCACCGGGGGCGGCUUGGCGGGGGAGGCGCCAGGGCCCGGGGGGAGCGCCCCGGCCCCCCGGAGGAGGACCCAAGAUGGACGUGGUUUACGUGACGGAGAGAAUCAUCUCUUGGCCUUCCCGCCGGCGCUGGACGAUGCCACCUACACCUUACACCUGCGGGAGGUGGCUCAUAUGUUGUCCUCGAAGCACGGGGAUAACUUCAAGGUAUUCAAUUUAUCACAACAUGGUGAAAUAAGUCACUUCCUACCUCGUGUGAUGGAGCUAGGAUGGGCAGACCAGCUGGCACCAGCUUUGGAGAGGCUGUGCUCCAUCUGCAAGGCGCUCGACUCCUGGAUCACGCAACAUCCUCAACAUGUGGCUGUUCUGCAUGCCAGAGGGGGCUAUGAAAAGCUGGGUGUGGUGGUUGCAGCCUAUAUGCACUACAGCAACAUCUGUGCUUCAACAGACCAAGCUCUCGACAGAUAUGCCAUGAAACGUUUCUUUGAUGAUAAGAUCGGCCAACUCUACCAUCCUUCGCAAAAAAGAUAUGUCCAGUAUUUUGCUGGUUUAUUGUCUGGGGUCAUACGCAUCAACUCUAGUCCACUGUAUCUCCACACUCUCACCCUGUAUGGCAUACCUCACUUUGAACCCAGGGGAGGCUGCCAUCUAUUCAUCAAGAUCUACCAAGGAAUGACACCAAUUUACACAUCAGGGAUAUAUAAUCUUACUGAGCAAAUGAGGCAAGUCACAAUAGCUUUUGAAACGGGAGUACAACUGCGAGGAGACAUCCUGUUAAAAGCAUAUCACAGAAGACUUGUACCAGCAUCCAGAGAAGUGAUUUUCCGGAUGCAGUUCCACACGUGUGCGGUGUCUGAAAAGGUUCUCUCCUUUACAAGACAUGACCUUGAUGAUGCAUGUAAUGACAUGCGAUUCCCUCUUGAUGGUGGUGUUGAGCUCUACUUCACACACUCUCAAGAUGAGCGGCCAAGAACAGUCUCAAAUGUCUCAUGUGACAAGUCACCCUGUGCGAUUGCAUCUUGGAAUUCUUAUGAGAACGUCAGUUUCACAUAUGAGCAAAUUGAAGAACAAGUCGCUCCCUGAGCAGCACCGGCAGCAACAAUCUGUCAUGGCUGCAGAUGCAACAGCUGAAAUUGGCAGAGAGACGCGAGGCCAAACUGCGAGCCGAGAGAGCACCUCACGAAGCCCGCAUGCUUUCCGAACUCCGUACUCGUAUGGGCCAGCAGCAGCGGACAAGCACAACAACUUCAAGAGACUUUGAAGAUGGCUAUGUGAGUGACACAACACUUCUUUCGGAGACUUCAAGGGAAUCUUCCCCAGUGAAAACAUUGGCUCCUCUGACCAUUAACACAGGAGGGCCACAAACAACCCCCCAGAAGCCCCCCAUAGGCCAUUCAACCCCUGCCAGGGGCAAUUCAGCUCCAUCAUCUCCAAUUCUGCCAACCAGGUCAGCCUCACGGGAACGCACAGUCAGAUAUAAUCAGCAGCAGAGUAGCCAGCGAAGCCUUCCUAGAAAGCACUCCGACUCUUCACAUGAUAGAGAACGACCUUUUGUUGCUGUCAAAAGAGCACACGAAAAUGCCAAACCAGGCGAACCUGGGGAUGCAUCAUCAGCUCUAAAUCAACUUCAAACUUCACCUCAUGGCCAUAUCCAGUAUUCAUCGUAUUCAUCCACUACCCCUGUUGAUGGUGGUCUUUUGACCACUGUUGCUUCAUCAUCAAAUCAGGAGGGACUCGACUCUCUAGAUGCCCUGAGUGCUACACUAGCCAGUUUGGGCUCUCCCACUCACCCUCCCACCUCUACCUCACCGCCCAACCCUAUAAGCAGCACCACCACUGUCAUCACCACCUCUGCUGUCACCACUACUGCUGAGUCACGAGAAGUUCUAACGGCUCAAACAUCUCAGAGCCGAGAUGACAGUGCCUGGCAGAGCGACACAGAGAGCAGUUACGGUGGAAAUCGUCCCAUCACGCCAGGAUUCCCCCCUGCUACCCCUACAACACCAUAUUUGAACCAGGGUUUGCCUCCCAAAAGCCCAACCAUGCAACGAAGAGCACAUCUUGGCCUGUCCUCUCUUUCGUCCCGACCGAUCGUCAAAAAGUCUGCAUCGCUUCCCAGCAAAGAAAUGGGAGUGAGAAGCCCAUCACCUGCCACAUCUCAAACGCUGCGGCAGGAGUUAAAUGGGCAUUCCAGUCCAGCUCCCUCCCUCUACCACAGUCAGUCUCGUCGCUCAUCACUCACCUCAUUGAACGAGUCAUCAGAGGUCAUUUCAUCGCACCCCAAGUUUGUUAAAGACAUCUCGAAAUUCUGGUAUAAACCUACUAUAACAAGAGAUGAAGCAAUCAGUAUGCUCAAGGACAAAGCUCCAGGAACGUUUGUUGUUCGAGAUUCCAACUCAUUCCCUGGAGCUUUUGGUUUGGCCUUAAAAGUUUCUACUCCACCUCCAAAUGUCACAAGUAAAUCUAGUGACCCAGCUAGUGAAUUAGUAAGACACUUCCUUAUUGAGCCAACUUCAAGAGGAGUCCGACUCAAAGGCUGCGCCAAUGAACCAGUUUUUGGUUCUCUCUCUGCAUUGGUGUAUCAACAUUCGAUUACGGCUCUGGCUCUGCCGUGUCGCUUGGUGCUACCUGAGCGUGACCCAGCAGGUGCUCCUGACUCUGUGGAUAGCAGUGUCAGCACAAGUGGAAGCUCCAGCUCCACUUCACAACUCCUGCAACAAGGAGCAGCAUGCAAUGUUAUGUAUCUCCAUACUGCAGACACGGAAAGCCUGACUGGCCCACAAGCAGUAAAGCGUGCAGUCAGUCUCAUGCUUGCAGCCAAGAUAACUCCAACUGUUGUGCAUUUCAAGGUUUCUGCACAAGGCAUCACACUGACAGACAAUGAGAGAAAACUAUUCUUCCGCCGUCACUACCCAGUGAACACCAUUUCCCACUGUGGUCUUGAUCCUGAUGAUCGACGAUGGGCGCAGAAGAAUGAAGAAGGAGUUCCAGUUGGCUCACACCGAGUGUUUGGCUUUGUAGCCAAGAAGGGAGCCAGCAGAACAGAAAAUCAGUGCCACAUCUUGGCAGAACUUGAACCUGAACAGCCAGCAACAGCAAUCUGCAACUUUGUAACAAAAGUAAUGAUGACAAGUGUAAGCAGACCAAAUCUUGUGUAAAUCAAGAAAAUAAGUGAACAUUUGCAGCAGUUCAUCUAGUGUGAAUAUUCUGAACAAUCUCACAUAGCUCUUAAUGACUUUACUGGUAACAGAGAGGCUUAAUAGGGGUAAAUUAGGUAACAAAAUAGGUUGUUUUAUAUACAAAGUGAAGUUAGGGAACUUUUAUAGUAAUGCAGAUAUAAAAGUGUAGGGCUCACUGAUAGGCAAUUCUACAUAAAGACUGAUGUAUAGUUUUUAAGAACAUGCUCCAUGAUGACCUCUAAAAUAUGAUUAUAGUAGAAAUCAUGUAUUUGACAAAGUAGAAUAUGCAUCUUUAUGGGAGAAAUCAGGGAUUGUUAUCAUAAUUUAUACUAGUGGGUAAUGAUGGACUUUCUGGAGGAUUUCUAGACUAAAAAGAAGUGUGUCAUGACAUGAGGUCUAGCAGUUGUGAUAUACAUUUAUGCAAGUUUUCAUCAGAAAAUAAAUAAACAUUUUGCAUUGCGUAGCCUCGUUAAGUGGGAAACCAGUUAUGAAAUGAGUCAAGGUUUUUCCAUAAAACCUCAUUUUACUUAUUAGAAGCAUGAAAGACAUUAAACUGGGAUCAUUUUAAAAAAAUGAUCAGAGCAUGUGAAGCAUAUUAGGAAAAUGUUUUCUCAGCAAUGUUGUUUUAUUCAGCACCAUGUAUCAUGUACUCAUUUUACACAAUCCAUGUGUUCUGCAAUCAAAUCAGAAAAUGUCCCAUUGUUUUUUAUUUAAUUUUUAUUUUUUGCUUUCCAUGUGUGUUGCAUAGGUUACCUAACCUAGAAUAUAAAUAUACUUUAAUAAUUACUCUAGGCAGAUUUUAAUAUAUGAGCUGAUUUCCUAUUUCAUUAAUGUUUGAAAUAUAUUUCUUAUCUAGGAUAUGCAUUAAUGACUGUUAAGUCUUGCUUAUAUUAUGCACUUGUGAAUCAAUAUGCAAAUGAUUGAAGCUCCAAAAACACUUGAAUAUUAGUUUAAUUAACACAUUUACAAAUAUAUGUAUUAUUUGUAUUUAAUGUAAAUCUGCAUUUAUAGUGUGCGUAAAUCUAAGAUUACUUACCCCAGUGAAAUUUGACUGUAAAUUUUGUAUUUAGUGACUCUUAAUAUAGUUUAUCCUUUGUAUUGGCAGUCUCAAGUAACUGAAAACACAUGACUGUGUCAGUCAAUGUUCUAAUGUUAUGUACAUAAUGUCCAUAUGUUUGAAUGAUAGUAAUAAAAAAAAACUUUUAUCAAUUUUAAAUAUUGUAAAUCAUACUUCCAUAUUGUAACUUCCACUUGAUGGGUAAUAAAUAUCCAAGCUGCACAAUACACAGUAAAGUCAAGAUUUGUAAAGCUAGACCAGGUUCACUAUCAAGAAGUGUAUGAAUACCAGAUUGUUGUGGUACAUUUACACUUCUAUUUAUUAAGUAAUUACUAGUCCUAAUUAGACAUUUGUAUUUGCCAGAUGAGGUAGAGCAGGUAAGAGGCCUGGCUGCACUAAUAAGGAAGCAGGUAGUUCCUUUAACACUUAUAAGGUGCUUCUUAACUCAUGUAAAUGACCUCUUCAAGCUUCUUCCAAAAAUAAAGAACUGUUUCAAACUG